CCAACAAACGUUUCGCAGCCUUUAUGCAGCAAACCACGGCACCAAUCUUGACGCGGAGACCGACGACGAAAGAUGUGCCGGUACGUAGCGUUACCACUAGAACUUUCACUUUCAGGCGCGCAGGUGAUACUGACGCAUAUUUGGGGCGUGUGGGUGGACCGUGGAGUACUUGAAUAGAAGUAUACCAAUGAUGACACUGCUGGUAUGAUACGUGCGUGCGACCCACUCGCCGUGUCUGUCGGCGAGCAAGUACUACGUUGACCCUCCAUGAGUGCUCUGCAUGACCCUUGUUUCUUCAAGUUAUCUCAAAGCUAGUGCUUUACAUGACUAACGUCCAGCCCUCAGGAAAAACAUCAACUGUCCAAUUCUAUAACCCGGUACGCGGGCGCUAUCAUUGUGCAACGUAUCCCUCAAACAAUCUCUAAACUCCUUGUCCCUCUCCCUCAGGUUACCUCCACAAUCUUCCAUUGCUCAGACCCAAAGAUCACACAAUCUUCCAUCCAAGAACUCACAAUCCAGCAGCCAUGUCUUGGUGCGAAACCAUGCUGCUGUUCCUCCUCUUCGCGCUAUCCAUCCCCCCCUCCUCCCAAGCUUGGUCCGUCGAUUAUCCGAGCCCCAUCUCCAACGUUCCUUCCCACUGGACCAACAACAACGCCACCAUCCCCUACAAUGCCACAUACGCCGACGGCUCGACGAUCAGGGCCAUCCUCGUCAGGCAAAACCCCGCCGGGUAUGCCCCGUCCUUCGCCUGCGGCUUCAUCUGCGCUGCUCCCUGCGACCGCGCUUUCCUCUUCGCGGUCUUCUCCGUGUCCAUUGGCGGUUCCAGCACCAGCGCCCCAGCCAACACCACGGCCACACUGAGGGUCGUGUGGGCGGCCAACAGGCACCAUCCGGUGAAGGAGAAUGCGUCCGUCCAGCUCACCAAGGACGGCAAUCUCAUACUCCGAGACUUUGAUGGCUCGCUGGUCUGGUCCACAAACACAUUGCGUGGCCCCAUCGUCGGCGUGAAUCUUGCUGAUACUGGGAAUCUGAUCCUCUUCGAUGUGAUGGGGAAGACGGUGUGGGAGUCAUUCGAGCACCCUACCGACACGCUCCUUAUUGGGCAGUCGCUGAGGCAAGGGAAGAGGCUUACUUCAGCUUCCUCAAACUUGACUCAAGGUCAGUUCUACCUCACCGUGCUUGACCAUGGCCUCUAUGCUUUCGUCGAUGCAGAUACUCCGCAGUCUUACUAUCAGAAAAGAUUUAAUGUCACCGAUGCAGUUGUUCAAUCAAAGAUGAACAUUUCCUCUGAUGAAGCAAAGAAUGGCACUGCCUACAUUUCCUUGUUACGAGGCAGCCUCUCAGCAUUUGCCAGCUUAAGCAGCACACGCAUCAAGUUAUUCAAUAUAUCACUGCCAUGGCCAUCUUCAGCACAGCUCAUGAGUCUCGAGGAAGACGGGCACCUGCGGCUUUAUGGCUGGAACGGUCUCUCAUGGAAGUAUUUGGCUGAUGUUCUGAAUGUGGAUCCAGAGGAAUGUGCAUAUCCAACAGUGUGUGGAGAGUAUGGGAUUUGUUCAGAGGGACAAUGUAGUUGCCCAACUGGAAAUUCUGGAGACAUACUUUUCCGUCAGCUGGAUAACCGACAACCUAAUCUGGGCUGUUUCCCAGCAACUCCACUGUCUUGUGACUUGAUCCAGCAUCAACGGCUUUUGCCUCUCCCAGAUGUCACAUAUUUCAAUUUUGCACAUGAUUGGACUACUGAUGAAGAGAGCUGCAUGAGCGCAUGCUUGAAGGCCUGUUCAUGCAAAGCUGUCUUCUUCCGACAACAAAAUGACUCCUAUGGUUCUUGUUAUCUGAUGCCAAAGAUUUUUUCACUUAUGCAUUAUGAACCAGGAACCAUUGGAUAUAAUUUAUCUGCAUACAUCAAAGUGCAGAUGUUACCUCCACCACCGUCGAGUAAAGGUUUGAAUGCAACUGCUUACCAUGUUGGUGUUCCUGUUCUAGUAGUGCUCAUCUGUGUGCUCCUUCUCUUCAUCAAAAGAGCAAUGGCAAAGAGGAUGCAAGAGGACGAUCCAUUUAAAGGGAUUCCUGGGAUGCCAACACGGUUCUCCUACAAACAGCUGAAAGAAGCAACAAAUAACUUCAGCAAAAAGCUUGGGCAAGGAGGAUUUGGUCCAGUAUAUGAAGGAAAGCUUGGAAGUGUCAAAAUUGCCGUUAAAUGCUUGCAGGACAUUGGACAUGGGAAGGAAGAAUUCAUGGCCGAAGUCAUGACAAUUGGCAGCAUUCAUCAUAUAAAUCUUGUUAGAUUGAUAGGUUACUGCUCUGACAAAUUGCAUAGGCUCCUCGUUUAUGAGCACAUGAGCAAUGGUUCUCUGGAUAAAUGGAUCUUCAGAAAAAAUCAAAGUGAUUCACUCAGUUGGACAUCUCGAUACAGGAUUAUCCUUGACGUUGCCAAGGGCUUAGCCUAUCUUCAUGAAGAAUGCCGACAGAAGAUUGUUCACCUUGAUAUCAAGCCUGGAAAUAUCCUCCUUGAUGACAAGUUUAAUGCAAAGAUAUCUGAUUUUGGUUUAGCAAAGCUCAUUGAUAGGGAUCAAAGCCAAGUCAUGACCAAAGUUAGAGGAACAAGGGGCUACUUAGCACCAGAGUGGUUGACAUCAACAAUUACUGAAAAGGCCGAUAUCUACAGCUUUGGUGUUGUUGUGCUGGAAAUCGUGAGCCGGAGGAAAAUACUGGAUGAUACUAAGCCUGAAGGGAGCACCAAUCUGAUUAACCUACUGCAAGAGAAAAUCAAGAUUGGGCAAGUCCUGGAUAUAGUGGAGAAUCAGAAUGAAGACGUUCAGUUACAUCGUGCAGUGAUUAUAGAAGUAAUCAAGCUUGCAGUCUGGUGCUUGCAGCGUGAGUGCACCAAGCGACCAGCCAUGUCACAGGUCGUGAAGAUCUUGGAAAGUGCAAUGGACACAGAAGCCAGUUCUGAGACAACUAGCAGAGAUGACAUUUGUGACGCUUCAUCCCCGCUGUCCCCGGUGCCUGUGUCAGCAAGAUGAAAUGCUUUAGAGAAUGUAGGAGAAAAGAAGACUCUUUGAGAUUAUAUUGCAACUAUUGUGUGACUCGCUUUAUAGUUUUGUUUCUUAACAUACAUAAUGUAUGAAUGAAUAUAUUUUAUUCUUGACCCAUAAUUCACAAAAGCAAAUAGCAGGACAAGUAGAGGUAGUU